CUCUGGUCACGAGAACGACCGCCAUAUUGGAGGUGGAAAAAUUGCAGUAGCAUCGGAAGAACAUUUUUGUAAAAAUAUCGCAAUUUUGUAAUUUUCACCAUGUCAUCUAGAAAGAAGGUAUUAUUGAAAGUCAUCAUCUUGGGGGACAGUGGUGUCGGGAAGACGUCCCUGAUGAACCAAUAUGUGAACAAAAAAUUCAGCAAUCAGUACAAGGCCACAAUUGGAGCAGAUUUUCUCACAAAAGAAGUCAUGGUAGAUGAUAGACUGGUCACAAUGCAGAUUUGGGAUACAGCGGGCCAGGAACGUUUCCAGAGCCUGGGGGUGGCCUUCUACCGUGGUGCCGACUGCUGCGUACUGGUCUUUGACGUCACCAUGCCCAACACAUUCAAGACGCUGGACAGUUGGAGGGACGAGUUCCUCAUCCAGGCCAGCCCCAGGGACCCCGAACACUUUCCUUUUGUGGUGAUUGGGAACAAAAUUGACUUAGAAAAUAGAGCGGUGUCCACCAAGAGAGCCCAGGGUUGGUGCCACAGCAAAGGUGAUAUCCCGUACUUUGAGACCAGCGCGAAGGAGGCCAUCAACGUGGAGCAGGCUUUCCAAACAGUGGCGAAGAACGCACUAGCGCAGGAGACAGAGGUGGAGUUGUAUAAUGAAUUCCCCGAUCAAAUUAAGCUCACAAAUGCGGACGCUAAUAAGAAACAAGACGGAUGUGCAUGUUAAUGGAAGCCAAGGACCUAUGAGCUUGGAAUUCUGGGAAUGCAUCAUUGUUAUACUCUUUUUGUAAGAGCAACUCAUCUAGAAAACGUAAUAUAUUUCCUAGGAGGAAUUUACAGUUAAAAAAAAAAAAAAAAAAAAAACUCGCUCCUGAUGCCAAAAUAAAACAACUGGCUCAAUUUGUCAGUCACUCCAGUUGUGUAACAAAAUGAAUUAUCACCGUUUCAUCAUAUCAGAGUAUAAAAAGGGAUAUUUUUGGUGCAUGAGAUGGAUUGGACUAUCUUGCAAACUCUGAACAAAGCUCCUAUCUUUAUUGAAUUGGUACUAUAUUGAGAAAGAAAAAAGAUAUUCAUAAAUGUCAUCAAAACUCAUGAGAUCACUGAAUCUUUAUUAUCAAUGUAAAUCUAAGAAAAAUAAACACGAUUCCUAUUUACUUAAGUGUAGGUUAGGACCAAACAAAAGAUCAGGAGUUCAUUUUCUCUGAAAAUUCUCUGUAAUCAUGCAAAUCUGAUCUUCAUGACAUAUGAGGAUGGCAUUACGGUGGUUCAUGCAUUCUCAUUCUAUACUGCAGAAAGGGGGUUGGGAGAGAUUCGUGUAUUUAAUCGGGGAACACGCCUGUAAAAUAAUGGGGGGAUUCAGGGAGAGUAAGAAAUGGAAAUGAACAAAAAAAAAAAAAAAGAAGUGUCGAUCUUGGGUGAUAUUUGGACAGUAUGAUUGGAGAGAGGUGUUAAGGUUCACCAGUUUCUCCAUAGGGGUCAAAGUUUGGGAGGCUAAACCAAUGUUAAGUAAGCAGUCAGUGAGUGAUGGUGUGCGUAAGUACAGUGUCACCCGAUGUACGACUAUUCUUUGUUCUCUCACGAGGAAAAUAAUUAUUAGGAUCUGACAUUUCACGACCAAUUUUGACCAUUGUACAAGGAAUGUGAAAAUGACACUCAAAAGACGAUGAGGAGAGUGGUGAUAUUUUUGUAUGAUAUUUGAAAGAAAAAAAUUAAUAAUCUAUUAAUGUACAGGAACCUGAUGGUAUUUGAUUAAUGGUUAUUAGUGCUGCCAGAGACCUGGUGGCACUAGCAGGUUGGGAGCCUAUAGUGCAAGGAGACACAUAUAUACUAUCUAUAUAUAUAUACAUAUAUAUACAUGCAAUCAAUGUGACACCUUGUAUAAUGCGACGCAGAGGUGCACCUUGUACCCAGGUAUUGAAUGGGUCACACAUAGCCCUGUAUAUAUGCUGUACGUGGCAUAGGCUACCUCACAUGAUAAGAUGCAACAGCAACAGGAAGGUUAUCAUCAAUGUAGGUCAGAUCAAUAAUAUGUGUAAUGCCAUACCUAUCAAAUAGUGUAGUUAAGGGAAGAGAAUGCCACAGCAGUUAAAAUACUAUAGGUAGAAUUAAUGCCAAUUAUUAUUGAUUGUACAGAUGGAGGAUUUUGUGUAAAUACAGCAGUAAGCAUGCAGUGCAAAUUGUCUGAAAACUGGCAACAUGGUCAUCUUUUUGAUGUAUUUUAUUGCUACAAAUUAUGCUAUAUUCAGGAUGAAGAAACUGAUUCUGAGACUUCUCUUUUACGUGCAUGUUAAAAAUGAAGUAAAACCUACUGAAACUUAGUCACGAUGGGGUAAAGGUAAUUUUCUUUAUACAAAAAAAAAAAGCUUUGGUGCUUCUCGAUAUUUUACCAAACAAAUCUUUUACAUCAUUUAGUUCUGACUCUUAAAUUUGCUGCAAACAACUUGCAUUUUCUUACUGUCAAAGAAUCUUGUAAAAAGUGUGAAAUGAAUCGCAUGCAUGAUUGUAUGAUUUCAUUUAUAACUGAUGUACCAUGUGGAAAAUAAAAUGUUAAGAUGAA